AUAUAAUUAUGACAAAUACAUAUAAUGAAACAACGUAAUUUUUUAUUUGAUCUAUUUAAAUCGGGUUAAAUUCUCUUUUCACGCGUAGUAGGCAUACAGUAUAAAAUAAAGCUUUUCCCAGCGCAUUUACACAAGAUAUUGCAUAUUAAAAAAAUCAAUCGUUAAUAUCUUGAUCCACCAAUAAGAUCUCUAAAUAAAAUUACUACGCCUAAUCAUGUCCAGUUUGUCAUUGCUCAACUCUUCGGGGAUCAUGCCUUUUUUGACCUUAACCGCUGUUUUUUUGUUCAUUGGUCCAGUGUUAUUCAUAGGGAUCGCUACCAUGUGGGCAAAUCUCAAACAAAAAAUUUCCGAUGAACUUUCUGCACGUGUCACUAGAAUCGUCAAUGAUCUUGAUACAAAAAAUAAUACACCGGAAAUCGAAAAGACCUUUGUCGAAAUGAACAAAAAGCUUAGCGCACAUAUUUCCGAAGUUAACGUUAAUUCCACUGCAGAGAUUAGCAAAAUUAAGAAUGAAAUCUAUUCCAAUUUCACUGCGGAGAUCAAUAAAGCAUGAAAUUACUGCAGAAAUUGAAAAAAAAUUCACGUGAUGUUGGUUACUCUGCGGAGGCGCAGAAAUAAGAUCAAUAAUCAGUAACGUGACUACAAGAC